AAGAGAGAGAAAGAAAAACGGUGUACAUACUAUCGUGCACACGGUAGAGAAGAGUUACGAGGGAAUUGUCGAGGGAGAGAAAGAGAAGGUGAUAUAAGCACGAGAGAAAGAGGAAUAGAACGAGAGAAGGAGGGGGGAGUAUAGCAGCAAACAGACAAGACGCGCCUUCGCGAAGAGAGGCACGGACCAGGAGAGCUCGUACGCACGGGGCGGGCCGCUACGUUAUAGCCAGUCUUACGAUCAUCUCAGAGUAUACAUUUUUUUGUCCACCGUAAUCUCGCACGAACGUUGUUCGUAUCAUUCGAGCGUUUAGAGAGAAAAAAGAAAGAAAGAAGAAAGAAAAGAAAGAAAGAAAGAAAGAGAAAUAGAGAGAGAGAGAGACAGAUAGAAAAAGAAAACGAAAGAGUCGGUGAAACGAACAAGAGUCCAUGCGAGGAUCAUCGUCAUCGGAGGGAUCGAAGAAUAUCUCGAACUGCGGUUUUCUCGUUCGUUCGUUAUAUUGUUACAUUCUCGUGCUCGUCGUUGUUGUUAUUGCUGUUACAACUGCUGGCUGCUGCUGUUGCUGCUUCUCUCUUGAUCGAUUCCCCGGCGAGAGGUUGCCGGGUGGGAAAAGUAAGCGUGCGUGCGUGCGUGCCGCGGACGACGUCUCGCGAAGAGAAACGAAGUGAGAGGAGCAGAGAAAGAUAGAUAGAUACAGAUAGAUAGAAAGAGAAAGAAAGAAAGAGAAAGAAAGAAAGAGAAAGAGAGAGGUCGGAACGCGCGACCGCCUGCUGACUUUUCUUCGCGCCGUCUAGUGGUGGUAGUGGUAGUGGUAGUGUAGUGGUGGGGUAGUGUGGUAGUAGUGUGGUGGGGUGGUGGUGAUAGUAACGGCAGUGAUAGUAGUGGUGGCAGUGCUGCUAGUGGUGGUGGUGUGGUGGUGACUUUGGCGAAGGUGUAUUGGCCGAGAGAGAGAGCCGACGACAGGACACGAGUACAUACGCCGCCGACAAAAGAGGGCUGUUAUGGAGCGAAGCUGUCGUCUGCUCUUCCUGUUCCCGCCGGUGCACCUGCUCACGAUAUUCGUCGCUUCUCUCACACUGACAGAUGCUUUCUCUGUCGACAGUAAACCGGCUUGUCCAUUAAGACAAUUUCGCUGUACGAACGGCAGAUGUAUACCUAUGACUUGGGUAUGCGACAAAACGGACGACUGUACGGAUAAUUCCGAUGAGAUUCCUGUGUUAUGCAAAGGUACUCAACAAUGCGGGGAAAACGACUUCAAGUGUGUCAGCGGCAGGUGCAUACCUGGGAUAUGGCAUUGCGAUGGGGAAAAGGAUUGUGACGACGACUCUGAUGAAGAUCCGAAUAUUUGCAAGCCACGAACAUGCAACAACGAGGAAUUUCAAUGCAGUUCAGGGGAAUGCAUACCAAAUAACUGGGUAUGCGAUCAUCAAAACGAUUGUCAGGACAGCUUGGAUGAGAAACAUUGUAACAGAACGAAGAAUUGCACCGCAGAACAAUUUACUUGUCGUUCGGGAAAUGGCGAAUGCGUUGCAUUAACAUGGAUGUGCGACGACAAUCCAGACUGUUCGGAUGGCUCGGACGAAGCUGAAUGCAAUGAUACUUGUCGAUCUGAUGAAUUCACAUGUGCAAACAAGCAUUGCAUCCAACAACAUUGGGUCUGUGAUCAUGACGAUGAUUGUGGGGAUGGCAGCGAUGAAAAAAAUUGUAGUCCAACUACAUGCAGUCCUGCUACAGAAUUUGCUUGUUCAGAAAACUACUGUAUCACAGCACAAUGGAGAUGUGAUGGUGAUUAUGAUUGUCCUGAUCAUUCUGAUGAAAUUGGUUGUAAGGGAAUUAUAUCUGGACAGAAACCAAACCAUUGUGAUAAGAAAGAGUUUAACUGUGAUGAUGGUGUUACUUGCAUACAUCAAACAUGGGUAUGUGAUGGCGAUAAAGAUUGUCCAAAUGGUGCAGAUGAAUCGCCACAAAGAUGUCAUAACAUUACUUGUAGACCUGAUCAAUUCCAAUGCGAAGAUCGUCGUACAUGCAUUCCAGGUCACUUAUAUUGUAAUGACAAAGCUGAGUGUUCUGAUGGGAGUGACGAAAAGAAUUGUACAAUGAAAGCUGCUGUAUGCAAUCCAUUAACACAAUUUGAAUGCAGCGAAGCUUCGUGCAUUCCCAUCGAAAGUGUGUGUGAUAAGAAAAUGGAUUGUCUCAAUUGGGAGGAUGAACGUGCUGAUCUUUGCAAUGUAGAUGAAUGUGCCAAAAAUAAUGGUGGAUGUUCACAAUUAUGUAUUGAUCUUCCUAUUGGCUAUCGUUGUGAUUGCAAAGCAGGUUACAAGUUGAUUGACAAUCGAACCUGCGAUGAUAUUGAUGAAUGCUUAGAGCCAGGAAGCUGCUCUCAAUUUUGUCGAAAUGAGAAAGGAACGUUUAAGUGUAAUUGUGCUCCUGGUUAUCUAAAAGAUCCCAAGAAUUUAACACGUUGUAAGGCAGCGGAAGGUCAUGCCAGUCUUCUUUUUGCUAGGAGACAUGAUAUUAGGAAGGUAGCUUUGGAUCGUCAAGAAAUGACGGCGAUUGUUAAUAAUACUAAAAUGGCAACAGCUUUAGACUUCGUUUUUCGAACGGGUAUGAUAUUCUGGAGCGAUAUUACAGAAAGAAAAAUUUAUAAAGCACCAAUAGAUGAAGGGAAUGACCGUACGGUUGUAAUCGAAGAUGAUUUAACCACAUCAGAUGGAUUAGCAGUAGAUUGGAUAUAUAGUCAUAUAUAUUGGACCGAUUCUGGAAAAGAUACAAUAGAAUUAGCUAAUUUCGAAGGAAACAUGAGAAAAACUCUUAUUAAAGAUCGCAUACAAGAGCCACGAGCUAUCGCCCUAAAUCCUUUGGAUGGUUGGAUGUUUUGGACUGAUUGGAGUGAUGAAGCUCGUAUAGAGAGAGCCGGUAUGGAUGGUUCUCAUCGUUCGGUUAUCAUCGGACACGACAUAAAGUGGCCAAACGGAUUGACUUUGGAUCUAAUUGGUAAAAGAUUAUAUUGGGUAGAUGCUAAACUUAAUUUUAUAGCAUCUUGUAACUAUGAUGGUUCAGGAAGACGAACAGUUCUUUAUUCAACAGAAAUGUUGAGACAUCCAUUUAGUAUUACAACUUUUGAAGAUUAUGUUUAUUGGACAGAUUGGGAUAAAGAAACCAUAUUUAAAGCAAACAAAUUCACUGGCAAAGAUGUAGAGCUUGUUACAUCUGUAAGGUCACCUCAGCAACCAAUGGUGGUACAUGUGUAUCAUCCAUAUAGGCAACCUGAUGGAAUGAAUCAAUGUCAGGCUGUUAAUGGUCAUUGCAGUCAUUUAUGUUUACCUGCGCCUAAGAUUAAUUCAAGAUCUCCACUUCUUAGUUGUGCAUGUCCAGAUGGACUGAGGUUGCUAUCUGAUGGGCUAAUGUGUGUAGAAAAUGUAACUACUACCGUAGCACCAACAACACAACAAAGUGCUAAACCAUUUCAUAAACUUGAACUUCAGAACAUUACAACAACUACUCAUCCAAUAACCUCGAUGAAUAAUGGAAAAAAUGAUUCUGCAAGUGAGUCAACAGAUCCUGGUCUAGUUGCUGGUAUUGUUAUAGGCGUGGUAUCUUUAGGCCUAUUAUUACUUGCAUUAGUGGCAGUAUUAUGCUAUAGGCAUUAUCUUCAUCGUAAUGUUACAAGUAUGAACUUCGACAACCCUGUAUAUAGAAAAACUACUGAAGAUCAGUUUAGUCUCGAAAAGAACAGAUUUCCCCAUCCUGCUGCUACAGUUGGAGAAGAGGCUCAGGAACCAUUAACGAGUCCUGGAACUAAUGACUACGUUUAAGGCUUAAUCUGUCAAUGAAAUGGGAUUAGCAGACUUAAAAAAGCAUUGAUCAUGUAACAAAAUCAUGUAAAAACUGAUGUAAUGUAUUUACAUCUAAUGAGCCUGUUCAAAUGUAUGCCUGUGUCUGCCCACCUGCCUGCCAACUCAGCUGUGAUUAUGUUUAUUUUUUGUACUGUUUAUUUGUUAACAAAUUUUUGUGCAUUAUCAUUCGAAUAUACUAACAUACAUGAAACAUUUAGAUUUGCUCUAAGACAUAAAGGGAGAAAUGUCUAGGGAUAUAUACGCAUGAUAACUGUUGCAAAGUAAGUAUAACAAGGAUUAGAUAUUAAAUACACUUCAAAUCCUGUACUUCUACAUUUUUUAAAAGCUAAGUACAUAGUUUCGUCAAAUAUAUCGUAAUAUAAUGUAGAGUCAAAGAUAUUUACAAUCAGUAAUAUUUUGUCUCUUCUUGCACAUUAAAUAUUGAUAUUAUAUACUAAUUAUGUCCAUUGUACAUUUAUUCUAUAUCUAUUUUAUAGAAGAAACUAUUCUUUCAUAUUGCUAUUUACAAGUGUCAAUAAAAAAAAAAGGAAAUACUUCUGUUUUUAAAGUAAAAGUAUAUAUAUUUUCCAAAGUUACACAGACAAAGAUUUAAAUUAUAAUAUCAAUACUGUAUGGAUGUCUAUAUUGGCUUAAGUAUCUAGAAGUUGUUAGUAGUUUUUAAUUAUACAGAAUUCAAAGGCAAAUGAUACACGAAAAAUUUCUUUAUUUAUUUGCUCAUAAACAAAACAAGAGAAAAAUACGAAUUAUAGUGGUUUAUACAUAUUUCGAUCAUGAACAGCAAUUAAUAUAAUUCCUAGUUCUAAUUAUAUAUAAUAUUUUUUCUCAGGUUAAGGUGCUUAAUAUCUAAUAUAGUAUUCUACAUAUUUUGAUUUCUAUAAUGAAGCUCUUUUUUUUGCAGUGUGAUUUGCAUGUACAUUACACAAUAUAUAAUUGUUAUUCAUUAAUCUAAAUAUAUACAUAUAUGUUGUAAGAGAUAUUUUGAUUGUUGUUACUUAAUUAUUUAUUAUACAAGAAUUUAUUUGGAAAUUGUUCUUCUGAUGGAUAAGGUUCUAUUGUCGGAGUCAUAUGUAAAUGAUACGGAAAUUAGAUAAUGUAUGAAAAAUUGUACAAAUUAUUCAUGUAAAAAGUGUAUAAACUUGCACACAUUUUUAUGAAAAUUUGUUUUAUCGCAAAAUUAUUAAAUGCGAUUAAACAAAUAUCAUGAAUAUUGUGAUAAAACGUAUUUUUUCAACUGUCGACCAUACAUCUGCUUUAGUAAUUAUUGUAAUGAUCGAAGUUGAUUUUUAUUUUUUAUUUUUUUAAUAGUAUUUUUUCUCUUUGGUAUUAUGUAGAUUUAAGAAUAAAAAUUCUUAUAUCUGACCCCGAUAGUAGUUCGAUAACUCAGAGUAUUAAAAGCAGGAAAACAAAAAAUCCUUCUUAAUUUAUAAAAUCAAGUUUCUCCUUUUAUGUCAAUUGUAAAAUGCAUAUAUAAACAGUCUUUUUAGCAUUAUCAAUAUUUUAUAAUAGCUGCCUACUUUCUAAUAUGUGGCCCAUAUCAUGAAUAAGAGACACUUUUUAGUAAUAGUUAGUACUCUCUUAAGUGUAAUGGUGUGUGUAUCUAUAUAUAUGUGUAUGUGUGUAUGUGUGUGUGUCUAUAUAUAUACAUACAUAUAUAUAUAUAUAUAUAUCAACAUCAACAGAUGUCAUAAAAUUAAUAUAGAAACACUAAGAGUGACUGUGCAUUUACUAAAAUUUGUUUAGACAUUUCAACCUGCCAAUGAAAUCAAUGUACAUGUAUAGAACUAUUGCCUCUGGUAUAAGAGUUUUACUUACUACAUAUAUAUAUAUAUAUAUAUGCUUUAUGAUUAUUGUAUUAGAUAAUUAAAUGUUUCAGAAACAAAUGUUCUUCUAAUUAAGAUUAUUAAGAAGUAAUGUAAUGCUAGACUCUCAAAUAAGUCAUACAUAUUGAAAAAUAGCAAAAGAUGUUUAAAGAAACGUUCAAUGGAAAGAUUAUAAUAAUAAAUAUAUAUUUACAUUAAAAAAUAUUACUUAUACAAAAGAACUUUAAAUCAAAAUCUUUAUAAAGAUUAUAUGUUGAUAUCAUGAUAGCUUAAAAAAUCCAAACAAGUUGUGCAAUAGAGGUCAUUUUUGCAAAUUUUUUAUUAUAAUAAUUAUAUAAUAAUUAUAGUUAGUAAAUAGAACAUCUUAUGUUGUUUAUUAAUAUGUAUGAUAUAAGUAUGACUGCAAUGAAAGCAAAGUCCAAAAUUAAAUAGAGGCUUGGUGGUGAUUCCAAUCAAAAAGUAAUGAGUAUAAUGCGCGUUAGUCGCAUUUGAAUGUGCGAAUCUCGUAAGGCAAUAUCUUGUAUUAGCCAACUUAUUUGCCAAAAUUGUGUCAAACAUUAGCAAUAUAUUAUCACUACCACGUAAUAUAAAUAUAUAUAUAUAUAUUAUAUAUAUAAUUUAUUAUAAUGGUUAUUGUAUAAAUAAAUAUAUAAAAUAAAUCUCA